AAUAACGUAGAUUGAGAAACAGACGAAACAUUCUCUCCUAACUUUCUCUUUCUCUUCUGGUGUGCGACCUUCUAAAGUUGAACUCAAAAAGUAAUUUCCAAAAACCAAUAAAGCAACGGCGGGUAAAGCUUAUCAGAAAUUCAGAAUCAUAUCUCUUUAUUAUAUUAAUUAAAAGGAUUCACUAGUCAGAGAAACAAAGAUGACUAAAAUUGGGAUUGCCGGAGAAGAUGAUCGGAGACCGGAAAUGGAAUCCUCCGGUGGGAAGAAGAAGACUGUGGUUGUGGGUGUUAAAUUGGAUUUACAAAGUCGGGAGCUUUUAACUUGGGCUAUGGUUAAAGUUGCUCAACCAGGUGAUCGUUUGAUAGCUGUUCAUGUUCUGAAUAAUAACGAAAUCGUGGAUCAUGAAGGAAAAUCUUCUCUUUUAUCACUUGUUAAAGCAUUUGACUCCAUUCUUGCUGUUUAUGAAGGUUUCUGUAACUUGAAACAGGUGAAUCUGAAGCUCAAGAUUUGCAGAGGUUCAUCGGCAAGAAAAGUUCUUGUUCGCGAGGCGAAAUCGUAUGUUGCUACCGAUAUCGUAGUGGGAACUGCCCGUGGACACACGAUUCGAUCAAAUAAAUCAUUCGCGAAAUACUGCGCGAAGAAAUUGCCAAAAGAUUGUUCUGUUCUUGCAGCUGAUAAUGGAAAAGUUGUGUUCAAAAGAGAAGCAUUUCCUCCUUCAUUAGCUAAUGCAGGAAUUGAUACAAUUGAUAAUGUUCAAUACAAUUUGCUUUGCUUAAUACAAAGAUCGUCCUCUGUUUUGAAUCAAACCGCGACUAAUAAUCUGAAAAGGAAUUGUUCGAUAUGUCAACACCAACAAGAUUCUCCUUUACCGGAAGAUCAAGAUUCAAAUGGGGAAAUCAACUCGAUGGCAAUGGUGGCAGUUGAAAGCCAACAGCCCGAUGAUCAACCGAGCUCUUUCACUACUUUAAUAAGAGAAUUACCCGAUGUAACACCAGGCUGGCCACUGCUUCGUCGAGCUAUUGAUCAAUCUAUUUCGAGAGAUAUUUCUGUAGUUCAAUGGGCAAUGCAAUUACCCAAAAGGAAUUUCUAUGAAAAUGGUGCAAUAGUUCCACUUGGCCUUACUGAAGAAUUCGAGAAUAUAAAUGAAAAAUACUCUGAAACUUGCAGAUUGUUUACAUACGAAGAACUUAAGCAUUCCACAUCAAAUUUCAAUGACGACAACUUGAUUGGAAGGGGAGGUAGCAGUCGUGUUUACAGAGGUUUUCUUCCUGAUGGCAAAGAAAUCGCGGUUAAAGUGUUGAAACCAACCGAAGACGCGAUCAGGGAGUUUAUGAUGGAAAUCGAGAUCAUCACUGACUUGCAUCACAAGAACAUUAUAUCCCUUUUGGGAUUUUGUUUCAAGGAUAUGAAACUUGUAUUAGUUUAUGAUUUCCUGUCAAGAGGAAGUCUCGAAGAUAACCUUCAUGGCGACAAGAAGGAUUCGAAAGCAUUUGGUUGGAGAGAAAGAUAUAGGGUAGCUCUUGGUGUGGCCGAGGCGCUGGAUUAUCUACAUAGUGCAGCUGCAAAACCAGUUAUUCAUAGAGAUGUGAAAUCCUCAAAUAUAUUACUAUCCAAUGAUUUCGAAUCAAAGGUUUCUGAUUUUGGGCUAGCUAAAUGGGCCUCGACAUCCUUGUCUCAUAUAACGUGCACAGACGUUGCGGGGACAUUCGGCUACUUGGCUCCGGAAUAUUUCAUGUAUGGAAAGGCUAACAACAAGAUUGACGUGUAUGCAUAUGGUGUCGUAAUUCUCGAGUUGCUAUCGGGGAGAAAGCCAAUAAGUAACGAACAUCCUAAGGGCCAAGAGAGCCUUGUUAUGUGGGCCAAACGGAUUCUAAAUGAGGGGAAAAUUUCACAGUUAUUCGAUCCGAACUUGGGAGAUAAUUAUAAUCGUGACGAAAUGGAGAGGAUGGUUUUGGCUGCUAUCCUUUGUAUUAGACGAUCACCUCGAGCCAGGCCCCAUAUGAGCAUAGUAUUGAAGCUCCUCGAAGGUGAUGUAGAAACGAUGAAUUGGGCAAGGAUGCAAGUCAAUGUCUUGGACGGAGAAUACACGAUGGAGGAUGACGAAGGUUUUCCUUGUCCGGAUCUCCAGUCCCAUUUGAACAUGGCUCUUCUCGAUGUUGAGGAUGAUUCCCUCCUUUCAAUGAGUAGCAUCGAGCAAAACAUCUCGUUAGAAGACUAUUUGAAUGGAAGAUGGAGUCGUUCCUCUAGCUUUUUUGACUAGUGGAUUAGAUUUUACUCCCAACACGAACAAAUAAAUCUUAGUUUACUAAGUAACAUAAAUUUGGACAUAGGGGUGAAGAGGUUCUCUUUGUAUUGUUCCCUCCCCCUUACCUUAAUAAUAAGAGCUAAAUAUAUAUAUGAAUGUUAAUCAUAUCAA